ACGUGGCGACGUCAGUAUAGACAAGAUAAUUAUAAUUAAAUAUUUAGACGAAGUCAUUCCAUUUAUAGACACAUUUAUCUUUCUAAAGAGGCGACUUUAUUCAGACAUAUAAGAACAUGGGUUCGUCUGGAGAAUUCGGAAACCCCCUGAGGAAGUUUAAAUUAGUUUUUCUUGGAGAGCAAAGUGUUGGGAAGACGUCAUUGAUCACACGUUUCAUGUAUGACAGCUUUGAUAACACAUACCAGGCAACCAUUGGAAUAGAUUUUCUGUCAAAAACCAUGUACCUAGAAGACAGAACAAUCCGUCUUCAAUUAUGGGAUACAGCUGGACAAGAAAGGUUCCGAAGUUUAAUACCAAGUUACAUUAGGGAUUCCUCUGUAGCAGUUGUAGUCUAUGAUAUAACUAAUGCUAAUUCCUUUCAACAAACAUCUAAGUGGAUAGAUGAUGUGAGGACAGAGCGAGGCAGUGAUGUUAUAAUUAUGUUAGUAGGAAACAAAACAGAUCUAUCGGACAAGAGACAAGUGACAACAGAGGACGGAGAGAGGAAGGCAAAGGAACUAAAUGUGAUGUUUAUAGAAACCAGUGCCAAGGCUGGCUACAAUGUGAAACAGUUAUUCCGCCGAGUUGCUGCAGCGCUACCUGGAAUGGAAACCACAGAACCCAAGAAGGGAGAGAAUAUCGAACUCAGACCUAAAGUUGAAGCAUUGGACUCGGCGGAGCAAGAAGGAGGCGGGUGCUCAUGUUGAUAGCAAAAAUGCAUUGUAGAUAUGUUCAAGUUUGAGAAAGUGUUAAAGUUCACUAUUAACGAGGCUGAAGUAGGCGUGGCCUCAUGACGUCACAUUUUGUAUGCCAUUUUGAACUAGCCAAUCCUUGGCGCGGGCUGAUGGAGCCUCACAAACGUUCCACGCGAUGCUGUGUUGUGUUUGUUUAUCUGCGGUCGGUUAUGUGAUUAUUAUGCAUGUAUGUAUUGAUAUUCGGUGAGUUCGUCCUCCUCAUAUUUUCUUGAAUCAUUUCAAAGUAUCUUUUUUAAUCAAGAAAACAAAAUAGCAACUUUGUUCUUCAGGAUUUCAUAUACUUCUACAUGGUAGCUUUAUUUACAGUACUAGUUCUUGAAAUGUUUAGAAAAAAAAUCGUUAAUAAACGCUACACAAUAUAUAACGCAUUGAACAGGUUUGCCUUGGAAUUAAACUUGUUUAUUGUAUAUGCAUUUAUAUAUUUUCCAACCAAUGUUUUCCUUAAAAAAUGCUUUAAUUCACCAGAUGAAUUACUUUGAAAUGCUUUUAGAAUAUGACUUGAACGAACGAGUGUGGCAGUUUUGUUGAGGUUUACUAUGUAUCAUAUGGAUAUGCAAGUAUGUGUUCAGUUUGAUCCUCCCUAGAGAGUCUACAGUAUCAAAGUGAUGUUGCCGCGUUGUGUAUUAGCUAUCACUGCUUUAAAAUGACUAUUUCGUUGUAUAUGCGAUUGUGAUAUAUAAUAUUAUGAUAGUUUAACUGGUAUUUCACUUAUAUCUGAGGGCGUCCCAAAUCAAUUUAAAUUGCAAUUUGGGCUUUAAUUAAAAACAUGUUUUGGUAGUAUUUUUAUCUGCAAAUUUGAAAUACAGAUGUAAUUUUUUUUGUAAUUUUAUUUAUUAAAUAGAAAUGACUUGUCAUCAUAUAAACCUGGAUAAUCUUUUGAAAAGAUCAUAAAACUAUACUUAGGAGCAUGAAAAUGUCUUUCGGUAAUAUUUUUCCUGUUUGACCCAAUUUAUCUUUGGAUAAAAUGUCUUCAUACGAGGUGAUCCUGAACCUUUAUUUGAUGAAUUGAUCUAACAUCCAAAAUCCAGGAAGUCUGCCAGCUAUGUGAUACUGUGUUCUCUAGUCAUCACCCUCGAUAACCUGUGCUGUGUUACUAGUCUAUAGGUGUACAUGUAUAUACCUCCAGGCUUUGAUAGAAGGUCGUUUGUAUAUACAUUAUAUCUAUAUAUAAUACAUAUUGUUAUAAAUGCUUAUUCUAGGUUUUUCUGUAUGAUCUAUAUGUAUUAUUGCAUAAAGUUCCACUCCAAGUGUAAGGGAGGGAAUAAAGUGCACUAUUUUGUUUUCAUUUUUCAAUAGCUGAAAUAGACUCUCAUGUUUGUAAUUUUUUGCUUAUGAAUUCUUAUAGCGCCUUUUUACCAUUUUGUACAAUCCCGUGUCAAUCAAAGUUAUUAUGUUUGUCUAAAGCCAAACAUUUUUAUUAGUUUUUUAUUUAUAUGUUCUCAAAAUAUGACUUUAUAUUUUGUAAUGUCGUUUUAGUAAUAUGAGAAUGUAAUAUCGCUUAUUCAAGGUAGGGAAAAAGAGCACUCAUUGGAAAUGGAAAUUGGGACAAAGGAAGGGCAUUUAUUUUCAUAAUUAGGAUUUUUUUUAUUUCAGUAAAAUUUUAAAAUCGUAUGUUUGACAAAGCUGUAAGAACCAUUGUAUUACAUGUUUCAUAGUAAAACGUUUCCAUAACUUUAUAUUAUUUUUCAAUUGUUGGCAUGUAAUGCUUGUAUAUAUGUAUAAUAUACAUUUAUUAUUUGUGAGAAAGAAGCUUUUGCUAUUAACGGGUACUUAAACACAGUCUCAGAACAAGGUGGACCUGAUAGUAUCACUAUGUACGCUGUUUUGUCAUAAUGGUAUAAUACUCUGAUGUUUACACUCCCUAGUCUCAACAUUUCAGUACUUACGAUACGUGUACUCUCUAACCCUUUCAUUGCAAUGCAAAAUGCACACUAUUUGUUACACUAACUGUACUAACAACGUAAUACAAUUUCAUAUAGCAUCCCUAGUGCUAACAAUGUAAUACAAAAACAUCGUUAUACAUUUUUCAAAACAACAAAAAUGUAAUACAAUGUUAUAAAUAAUAUCUAGCGCUAAAAAUAAUACCUGUUACUAACAGUGUAAUACAAUAUCAUAAAAAAUCUCUAGAACCUACAAUGUAAUACAUUGUUACAAAUAAAACCUAACACAAACAAUGUAAUACAUUGUUAUGAAUAUUCCCUCUAACAAUAUAAUACCAUGCUACAAAUACUCUAUAUCCUUUACAGAUUAAUACAAUGAUAUAUAUAUUACAUUAUCCUACCAUGCAAUAUAUCAAUAUAUCAAUUCCCUCUGCAAUAUUUUAGACUCGCUAAUUCUAUCCGUUUAUAUUUCUAAUACUAUAAUGCAUAUAUGUACACUCUCUGAAAAUAUAUAAUUACAGUGUAAAGUUAUGUAUAUAAACCAUAUUUCACUGUCUAAGUAUACUUAUUGAAUGUUCUUAAUGUUGUUGAAGACUUUUGUAUCAAAAAGAAUUACGUAACUUGUCAAUAAAAAAUGUUUGACCACAAACAGCUGACGUUACAUUGGGAAAACAAAAUUUUGAUUCAUGUCACUUUCAAUUAGAAACAAAUCUGCUGAGAAAACAUCUAUUUUCAGCCUCUUUUUCCAUAAGUUGGGUAAUUAGUUGAAAACGAGACGUCAACUUGCGACAUUUGAAAACAGCGAAAUCUCCUCUUUCAGUUUUUCAAACUACGGAAGUUUUAGAAAUAAUAUUUACAUAUUUCAAUAUUAUUAUAAGAUAUCGAGUGGCGUGAAAUUCUUUCGAUUAUUCAGAUAUUUUACAUCCCAUCUCCAUGUUCUAAUGUUAGCUGAUAUACGACUACGCCAUGUGAGGUUACCUUUUGAAGCCAAUGUUUAAGAAGUCAGUGGUUAGGACAGCUUAUAAAAUAACACUUAUUUCGUUGUCUCGUUUGUGUUUUGACUUUCAGGAAAAUGUCUGUUGGAUGUUUUCUUUAGUAACAUUUUUUCUACACCAGUAAAUAUAAUGGCUCUUCAUCUAUAAGAUAUGUAAUCAUUGUGUUAACCGUUGUUCUUGGAGUUAAGUUUCAAUAUAGAAUACCAAUUAUAUAACCACUGAUUUACAAUAGAUACAGUGUACCCAUCUACUUCAUGAAUUCACGUAAACCCCAGUAAUAAAGACAUUGAAUGUACCUGUUGGUGUAUUGAAGCAAAACUGAAGUAAGAGCUGAGAUAGUUAUUGAAAAUAUAAAGAUAUGGACCAGAUCUCUGCUGUGAACAAUGGUUGCCAUCUGUCAUUUCAAAACGGAGAAACAAAUGAUACUCUUUAUAAUUAUUUACAAGGUCGUAGUAGAGGAUAAUAGAUAAUUUCAUUAGCUGUUAUUGUAAUAGAUAGAUGGCAUAUCACGAUAGGAGCGUUAUAAAUGAGUUACUGAGGAUACGGAUUAUUCACUAAACUGAUACGUGUAAUUGCAUUGGUUUCGUUAGAAUAUGGUCAUUUCGGUCACUUUACGAACGGUAUGAAAGUUGUCGCAGAGUUAGUUAGCUAUCGGCAAUCAGUAAUUUCUUCCACGUCGGCUCAAAGUACGACAUACUUUUUUGUAUACGUAUAAGAUGCUUUAACAAUAGAUUAAUUAAGUGAUGUUUCAUGUCACCGUAUGAUACCUUAUAGUGAUAUAAUACAUUAACAAUCUGCUUGUUUUAUGCAACUUUUUUUCUAUAAUUCUUUUAGAUAUCUCGUUUCAUAACAAUAAUAUAACAGCGGUGUUGAUAUUCCGAUUCAUCAGAACGUUUAAAUCAUCAAGAAUCAGUACAGCAUGUGUUAAUCAGGGGAUGUCCGCAGAAAAGGUAAUCUUCAUUCUACUAACAUUUUUUUUCUAAACUUUGAUGGGUAUAGGUAAAAACAAUAUCAUUUGUUCUUGGUCUUGAUUCAACUAUCAUCAAAUACAUACGAGUAAAUCAAGAAACGUUUCAUAAAAUUGAUAUAUCAUUCUGUUGUUUAUUUCCGAUUCUCCUUACAGUGUCGCCUUUGUGCUUUUUGCAGUGCUUUUUACCCCGUCAGAAGUCUUAAAUGCUCAGUGCAAUUAUAAAUUAUUAGAUAAAUAUUUUUCUUCCUUUUGUUGAAUUCACUUUUGUGAAUUUCGUGUGAAUAUGUACUUACCAACUAGUCCAUGUAUAAGAUAAUAGUGUUUAUUAUGUUAUGAAUGCCAUACAGCAAUAUUUAUGCAUUAGUCCACAUAAAUGUUUGUUCUAUAAGAAGCUGGCCAGGGAAAACGUGUCAAUUAUAUUUUGAUUUUACAAUAUUGUGACGUCUUCUCAUCACCGUUUUAAUUCAAAUGAUGAAAUGUUGACGAUUCGUUGUCAUUACCUACAGUCGUUCGUUACUUACUGAUGGAAGAAAACGUACAGCAUUGUUAAAAGUUAAAUAACAUUCAUACCAGUUACUAUAUACAUUAAGUCCUAGUUUAUACUACUGCUAUUUUUGCUUUUUCAGUUUUAAGUCAUAGAUAAGUCAUUUUUUCCGUAAAUGUUCAGGAUAUAUUUUAUAGCUUUUGUAAUUCAAACCCAUGUAUACCUUUAACGCAUUUUCAGUUGUAAACUAGAUAGUUCUGUACAGCGUUAUGUGAUAACGAGAACCUCAUUAUUACGGACAGUACAUUCAAGUGGUUGUACACAAGCUUCCUAACUCAUCCGAGACACAAGUGUUUGUCCAUAUGUAAGAUCAACUAUUGAUUGAUGAAUUUUAAUACAAGAAAGUCGGUCUCCAGUGAUGUUUUCCUUCCCUGUUAAUUCCGGACCAAUCAAUCGUCCAAUGUAUUCUGUCCGUACUAACGAGGUUCUUUGUGACGCCCAUUCUGCGGCUUUAAUAUCCUCCAAAUACUCUUUUUCGUUCACAUGAACAGCUUUAAGUCAGAGCUCCUUUUGGUCCACGUUUGUAAGUAAUUAUAUCUCAAUAAAGACAUUAGAAACACA